AUGGCGUAUAAUCACAGAGCUAGCCAGCAAUUCUAUGGCAGCCAACAACAACAAAGUCGCAGCCGCAAGAAGGAUGAUGAUAGCGAUGCUUUGAUGCGUUUGCCAGACAAAGAAAUCGCUGGUUGUAUAAACGACAUAGGCGUACCGUUUACUGCCGCCGAUCUUCUCAAACCCAACCCGCAACAGAUCCAAAUGGUGCUAGAAUGGUUCGCCGAAUUGCUGAUGAACACCACGAGGGAAACGAUCGAUCCCGCGAUGCGCGCAGCUGCUCAGGAUAUCUGUGGUGACUAUCCGGAUAUCGUGCCUAACGAGACACGUAACCUGAUGGGAUUCUUCCUGAACCUUCGACGGCUUAUGAUUGAGUGUGGUGUGAACGACUUUACAUUCUCCGACCUUACGCGACCUACACAUGACCGACUUGUUAAGAUAUUUUCCUAUCUGAUCAACUUUGUCCGAUUUCGAGAAUCGCAAACCGCAGUCAUUGACGAGCACUUCAAUAAAGCCGAGCGCACCAAAGCGCGUAUUGAAACACUCUACGCAGAAAAUCAAGAAAUUGAAGAACGAGUGAACGAAAUACGUGCCAACCAAAAAGCACUUGAAGCCCAGGUCAAAGAGAAGACAGCGCGCAAUGAUGCUCUGAUAGGCGUGCUAUUAGCGCUGAACCGGAACCAGGAAAAGAUCGCAGAAGAGUUGGAAAGAGUAAAGACCGACAAGGCCAAGAAACAAGCUACACUUGAAGAGAAGGUGGAAAAAGCGAUACGCACGCGCCGGGAGAUUGAGAAACUUCGGCCAUACGUUCAACAGAGUUAUGCAAGUUUACAGGCUUCGCUUACCGAAUUAUCAGAGAGCUUAGCACGCGAAAAGGCACAAGUCGAUACGAUGGAAAGGCGACUUCGGGCACUGCAAACAUCCACCGAUACAUUCAACGUCGUCGCAAACGAGGUACAAGCUUGCGUCAAGGUCCUCGAGGACAUCUCCGUCGAACUACAGAAGGAGGAAGAAGAAGAUGCUAGAGCAGUGAGAAACAAAGACGCUAUUUCGGAGCGAGGCAAUAAUGUACGUGAAGUGGCCCAGACAGAGAAAUUGCUGCAAAGACAACUGGCAAGAUGGAACGAAAGAAUCGACACACUCCGUAAAAAUAGCCAGGAGAAACAAGAAAUCGCACAAGCCCGAAUGGAGGAGCUUCGUAAUACUCAGAGACAGCUGAGAGACGAGAGAGCCGAAAAGCAAAAGGCUAUGGAAAUUAAGAGAGUACGAAUCGAACAAACAGAGAAGAAGAUGGCGGACUUGAAAGAGAAUAUCGAGAGCGAAAUCCACAGAGCGCACGACGAGUACUUGAAGAUGGAGUCACAUAUAAAACUUUAUAUCACCGAGAUGGAAAAGUGUCUAUGA